ACACCCAUACAGGGGAUGCUAGGGGACAGGAAACGACAGACCCUCUUGAGGUUUAAUCCAGUUCAUCGGGCCAAAUGCAUACACACACACACACAAAAAAGAUGCCCAGGAACAAACCUUGUGACAAUAAAAGAGAAUAUUCCUUAUCCCUCUGUGCGGCCUCAACCUGAUGGCUCUCAGGAAAUCAAGCUGCCAGAGGGGCCCUAUGGUGUCCCAGACGUGAUGCUAAACGGUAUACAGUCAAGCAAAGCAAAGUUAGGAUCUGUCCAUCCCCUGGAGUACUCAGAAAAACAUUGGCAUGAAAACAAACAGAAGAUGGACUUUGCCAUGUUACGAAACACACAAGGAAUCCACAUGCCUCUUCGACUGCAGAUGGAAAAGAACGUUGCCCAAAAGAUCUACCGACUUCCAGGGAUGCACAGUUCUAAUUUAAUGAGUGACACUCUGUCUGGAAGAGAUGAAAUGAUCGACUUUGAAGAUAUCUUGAACAAUCCUGCCGACUGUGAAGUCAUGGGAGAUACGCAUCUGUUGAUGGACCGGAGGGCGGGGUUACUAUAAAUAGUGUUUUAUAUGAUUCUGAUCAUUAAUAGUGCUCCUUAUAAUUAUCUGUAAAUGUUGUGACUCUAUGAUGAACUAUAGGAUUGGUGUACAGUGUCACCUCACUUUACCCAGUCCUUCCUAUACUGAGGAUUUCAUUAACUUCAUGAAAUACUCUUAGUAAUUAAACUAAGAAUAAAUCAUUACUCUCAA